CAAGAGUGUAUUUAAUACUUAUAUAUAACCCUUAUGUCUACAUAUAGCAUUACCCUUACACCAAAAUAAGGAAAAAGAACUCCUACUUUUUCAUGAGACCAAUUAUUGACGUAAUUAUUAGAUCAAGUGAAAUUGGAUGGUCACAUUCUUUUUAUUUCUUCCUAAACAAUUAAAUAAAAUGCCACCAUUUACAAGGUUAUAAUUAAAUGUAUGCACAACUCCACAAGUAGCUUCCAAAAUGACCCACCACCAAUAUUUAAUUUCCCCCUUCCAAAAAAAAAAAAAAAAAAAAAAUCAUCAAAUUUUCUUGAUUAAACAAAUGUAGUCCCUUUUCACACCCUUUUCUAAUUAAUUAAUAAAUUCUUCCUCAUUUUUUUCUCUUUAAAUACCCUCCUACACCCCUCUUACAACUUCUUUCUCCUAAUCUCUCUCUAAACAUCCAACAUCCAUAAAUGAGCAACCAUCACCAACAAAACAACCACCAAUGGCACGGCGGCGGUGGCGGUGGUGGUUGCGGCGACGGUAAUAAUAGUGGCGGGGGCCCGUGUGGAGCAUGCAAGUACCUAAGAAGAAAAUGUGUAAAAGGGUGUGUAUUUGCACCCUACUUUGACUCCGAACAAGGCACGGCUCACUUUGCGGCCGUGCACAAAGUGUUUGGUGCUAGCAAUGCUUCUAAGCUCCUCCUCCGCAUCCCCGCUCACCGCCGCCUCGAUGCCGUUGUUACUCUUUGUUAUGAAGCUUUGUCUAGGGUUCGUGAUCCUGUUUAUGGUUGUGUUGCUCACAUUUUCACUCUUCAACAACAGGUACUAAAUAUGCAAGCAGAAUUGGCCUUUGUUCAAGCCAGGCUUUCCACCUUACAACGCCUUCCGGCAGCUUUUCCUGCAGUAGACCAGACUCCUUCACAUUGCUGUUUAGAUCAAAUCUCAGCAUCUUCUGCCAUUGCCACCACUACUAGCACUAGUACUGCGAUUAAUUCUAUGCCUUCAUUCGACAACUUUGCCUUACAAUCACAACCCUCAUUAUCAUCAUUAGCAGCAUCAGCACCCGUAACAGCAGCAGACUUGGCCAGUUUUUGUAACCUAACUGAAUAUCAUCAGCACGACGAUCUGAUUUUUGAGGAUGGUGAUCUCCAAACGUUGACGCGAGAAUUCGUAUCCAAGUACCUUCCCGGGGUUAAGUUCAAGUCCGAGCCUCACUAAUUAAUUACACACCUAAUAGCUAUUAUUGAUCAUGAAGAUUUAGCAAAUGAUCUUGAUAAUUUUUUAGGUAUCAUCUUUAUGCUAAUCUUUUGUAAUAGUAGUUUAAGUGUUGUACGUGUAUCUUCGUUGUGACAAACUAAUCUAAAUGUUCUAGCGGAAUGAAAUUAUAAUCUCUUCAUAUUAUGUAGGCUGAAAUAAGUGGUUCAUAGUCUAACACUCUGGCUUUUGGGCUGUGUUGAUGGGCCACUGGAUCUUGCUUCUUUUGGGCCCUUGCAUGGUCUCGCG